GCCAGGCGGGUCGGUGCACGGGCGGUCGGAGAGGAAGCCGAGGCGGCAGCGGACGCGGGCACGGACGACCUCGCUCGGCUCCACCGGCUGCUUCCCAAAUGGCAACAACGGACGACCAACGGAAACCGGCGGAUGUCGACGUCGCCGCGCUGUCGACGCGCCACGGCAGCAGCAGCAGCAGCAGCAACAACAACAACAAUAACAACAACAACAAUAACAACAAAGACAGCGAGGCGGGCGAGAGUGCGACCACGGCCGCCGCCAGUCCGACGGAACCCGGCGGGACGGCGACGCAGAGCCUCGGUAACGGCUCUGUCAUCAACCCCGCCGGGGGGAACAACGGCAAGUGGGUCCGGCUGAACGUCGGCGGCACGGUGUUCCUCACGACGCGGCAAACCCUCCUCAAAGAGCAAACUUCGUUCCUCUACCGGCUCUGCCAGCAACAGGACCUGCACUCAGACACGGACGAGACAGGAGCCUAUGUGAUCGACAGAGAUCCCACUUACUUCGGUCCUAUCCUCAACUACCUGCGGCAUGGCAAGCUGGUGUACAACAAGGAGCUGGCAGAGGAAGGCGUCCUGGAGGAGGCCGAGUUCUACAACAUCACCCCGCUGAUCAAACUGAUAAAGGAGAGGAUCGUGGAGAGGGACUCCAAGGCCACACAGCAGGUGCCCCCCAAGCACGUGUACCGGGUGCUGCAGUGCCAGGAGGAGGAGCUGACCCAGAUGGUCUCCACCAUGUCGGACGGCUGGAAGUUUGAGCAGGUCAGCGUGCGCGCCUGCAGAAAGCCCCGCACCGGACUGCUCUGGACUAUGGUAAACAUCGGCUCAUCGUACAGCUACGGGACGGAGGAUCAGGCCGAGUUCCUGUGUGUCGUAUCCAAGGAGCUUCACACACCUGGGUCUGGCCUGGGCACUGAGCAGAGCCACAAAACCAAGGCAUCGGAGAUGCAGGAGGAGGAAGCAGCGAAGGAUGAGGAGGAGGAGGAGGGAGGGAGAGAUACCACACCAAAUGAGUGGCUUAGAGAAUGAGAGAAUCAUGUUUCAUUGUUCCAAAGAGAGGCGGGAAUGGCUUUUCCAGAUCCAUGGGUCCCGGAUGUAGAAAAGAGAAGAACUUUCUUUAGAUUAUUUUAUUUUGUCUUAUUUUGACAUCCUGUACAUGAUGUAUUUCUGUGUUGAGUCAAUGGACAGUCACCAAAAUGGAUUUGUAGCAUUAUGAAAUGUUUACUGAUAAAAAAAAAACAAAAAAAAAACAACGCCAGUCUCAAAAAUAACCAAAUGACAAAAAUAUGAAAUCACAGUUACUUGCAGCAAUAUGUACAAAAAUACAUUUUAGUGAAACUCAUUUUAUCAGUGUGGGGAGAAAAAAAACUGUUUGGUAUUAGAAAUUCAUGUGUCGGUGUAUAAACCUUUUCUGCCAAGGGCGGUAGUGAAGCUUAGUAACUUCUGACCAAAGAUUCAAAGCAAAGCUGGCCGAACCAAGGUGCUGAACCCAAAUGUGACAAAGAAUUGAAAACCCACCCAGAGGAAAUUUGAAUUCUACUUUCGUCUCUGUUAGCCUGCGUUCACAGUGUGAGCAACUUCACUGACCAACAGCUCUUUUCCGACUGAUUGUUAGCAGGGUGACAGACUCCGGUUUCAUCAGCUGCAGAGUUGGGAACAGGCAAAUCUGAAGUUUUUGCUGCUCUGGAAUUGCCUUUGAUAGUGUUGCAUCAUUUUCAUGAAGUUGCUGCCAAGUGCUGAUUACGUAGCAGCCGUUGAAAAGGCCAAAAAAAAUGAAUUCCACUAGCCUUUUCCAAGUUUAGAAAAUUAAACUAGGUGAAAGUGGUAGACAGCUGGAAACAAAAUGGAAGACAAGGAAGCCCAGGAUUCUGAUUUGCUGUUUGGCUGAUUGCAAAAUUAAAAGCCGUGGUGACAAACAUGGGUGGCCAUAACACUAAAAAUGUCCUUACACGUCACAUAUGCAGCUGGAACAUCAUGAACAGAUGUAAUUUCUUGUAGAAUAUUAUUUUGACCAAUAAAGACCCAUGAAACGUGUUUAAUUUCCAUACUGACCCGCACACUGACAUCACUUUUAAUUUCCCCCGCUCUCAGAGUAAAUGCAGGUUUCUGUCCGUGGAGAUGAGUGUAGGUAACUGCAGGUAAAAGUUAUAUGAUAAUUAUAACACAGAGAUUAAAUAAGCGUUCUUUACUGGUCACUCCACAGAAAGUGAGUGGAAAUGCACUUCCUGUGACUUGUUGAUCGUGUUGCUCACAGUGUGAACGCAGAUAUAAACUGAUUUGUUGUCCUCAUGCCGGGGCCUCGCAGGUAUCGGGUCCUAAAUAACCAUCACAACCGUAAAACCGUCCAAGAACCGCUCUGGAAAAUCAGCAAUACGUGUUGUUGAGUCGCCUCAUUUUGUUGGUUAGGUCGGUUUCAGAUGAGGAACGUCGAAAUAAUCCGUGCAUCCAUAUUGUAGCUGGAUAAAGAAAAGACAAGGUGAUCGAUCAGCUGGUGUCGCUGUGUGUCAUAUCCUGUCAGGGGGUGGUCACUUUGCACAGGGUGUGAGGGUGCAGCCAGACUUUCAGACACACAGUCGCCAACGAGCUGACAGCAAGGGGCAGCCAGCACACACACACACACACACACUCACUGUAUCAAGCAAAAACACACUCUGCACUGCAGUUUGCCCCACACAUACCCCACAAUCGACCAUGCACAGAUACACACACCCACCCACAUCGCUUCAUGCCGGGACACGCGUGAUCCCUAAGGUGCUUGCAUGUUCAGCAGCAGCCUUGCCUCAGUCCGUCACCCUGAACAGGAUCCAGAGAAAGAGAGAAAGAGAGAACUGGAGUGUGUGGGCGAGGUGUCAAAGUGAGGAGAGGAAGGUGAAGGUGAAAAAGAAAGAGUGGGGUGUCUGUUGGUGUAGUUACAUCAGGCAGUAAAACAUCCUGUCCUAAGUUGUAUUUCCCAACUUAUUGUCCCUACAGAGGACAGGACCGCCGCAGAUUUAAUGACUUUCUGUUGUGUGCAGCGCACUUAAUCACAAAAAAGGCUUUAUAAAGGGGCGUUAACUCAUCUGUGACCUUUAUUAACCUUUACAGGCAACAAGUAGGAAUGGCAGCCUCAGGAGGAUUUGUGUCCUCCUGAGCAAAGUCUCCCACCUGCUUGAAUUACAGCAGCCGGUAACUCAAAAUCACAUUUCUAACAUAAAAGAGCAGUAAGAUGGCUAAUCAGAGAGCCAACUGAAAUGCCUGGUAAAGAUGUAAUACAUAAGAAUAAUAAUGAUGAGGAGAAGAGAGGAAGACUGUGUUAUUUGCUUUUCUGGUUUGAACAUGAAGUUUUUGAGCCUUAGUCGCUGAAAAUGUGUCACUGCAGGGGAGUGAAACUCCAGUGGACGAGGAGUUUUUGUUCCUGAGCUGUCCAGGCUGGAAAGAGAGUUUGAGAGCCAGAAAUGUCAGCACCUGGCCAAGUGAUCGUUGAAUCACUGCUACGAAUCAAUAACCCUGUCGACCCCCUGUGGAUUUGUCAUUAUUUUGUGUUGUUGGGCCGUAAAAGUCUUACUCUUGUGUUUGUGGGUCUGGCAGCUUGGAGUCCAGCAGCCUGUUUGUUUAUUAUUUGCUCUUAUGCAAGCAGCCUGGUGGCGUUCAGCUCGUGUGACGGGGGUGUGUGAGCCUCUGCUGCCAAACAGCAGCCUGGUCAGCUGGCUGCUGCUGUGAAAUUAACCUGGUGUCUAUUUAUCAGAUUUGUGUUUGUCAUACAAACAUUUCUUCAUGGCAGAAGUUUCCUUGUUGGUUGAGUUGAAGCUCAGUGAACACAGAGGCACAGAUUUUCUUUGUGUUCAGACUGAAAUCCAGUGAAAAAGGCAGAUAUUAUGAGGUUUUCCACUCUUGCUUAUAAUAGAAAAAAACCUCCCAGCCAUACAGGUUAGGCUAAUCCUACCUGUUAGAACAACACUGCAUGUGAGGCAGGCGCUGAAAGGGAGAAGGAGAUGAUUUUCAUGCAGACACUUUCUGAAAACAAGCCCCAAAAUGCAACAUUUACUCUCAAUGUUUUAUAGUGACGUCAGGAAAAAGAGAAGGAGCCGGCUUGGCAGCAGGUAAAAAUUGUGGUUCUCUGGCUGCACCUUUUAUUUUAUGCUCUUCUCUCAAUCUAUGAGAUUAUUUCUGCCUUUGACACGUUUGUCUUGGUAAGGGAUUUUUUUUUUUUUUUUUUUUUUUUUUUUUAUAUCAGCUGUCAGCACGCCCUGUGCUGCUGCUGCCCCCUGCUGGUCAGCUGUGUGUCUGACAGCCUGCAGGAAACCCACUGAACAACACAAUGGAAACACACUCCGUGUCCUCCGACUGUUUAUAGAGGCAAUAGGCAAUCAGUUAGGAUGAGAGACAAUCUAGGAUUAAGAUUAAGGCUUAGUACCUUUUUUUAAAACUCUGAAACUGUUUGAUAAUUUUAGAAAAAUGAAAGAAAUUAGCUGCAGGUACAAUAUGGGGAGUGUGUGGGUGAGAGAGAGAGAGAGAGAAUGACUCCCAUCUAAGGCGUAAACAAAUAUUCUGGGACUUUAGGAUACUAGCAAUACAUUAAUGUACAAGCUGGAUUAUCAGAACAGUAAACAAAGCUAGAGAAUAGUGACGGUAAAGUCAUUUGCUUAUGAUAAUCUGAUUUUUUUUAGAGAAUAGACAGUGAUGUAAGCACUACUAAGAAGAGGCUGUAGAGAGAUGGGAUCGUGUUUUAUUUUUAUGUCAGUUUAUUUUUGUGUAUCUGGUGACAUGGAUCAUUCGGUGCCUUGAUUUCAAGCAGCAAAAAAAAAAAGAAAGAAAAAAUAAAAGAAAUGCCAUAGGCAGGCAUGUGAAAAUG